CACGGAAUAUCUAAGAAUUUUUAACAUACUAUAUAUUUCGUUUACUGUGCAAGUGCAGUACAAGGCUUCACCUGUUUUAGGUGGAGGAUAAUAUUUUAAUUGAUUGUUUCUGGAUCCAGCUACGGAAUAUUCACGAUGGCUUACUAUAAGGGAGCUGCCAGUGAGGGUGGCCGUGCUAUGCAGCUGAUGAAGAAACGCGAGAUAGCUCAGCAGGAAAUUGAAUUCCGUAAAAAGAAAAUAGAGGAAGAUUUAAAAGUCAGUAACAUUGAAAACAAGUUUGCUACUCAUUAUGAUGCCGUGGAGCAGCAGCUCAAGACCUCGACCAUUGGUCUGGUCACGCUUGAUGAGAUGAAACAGAAACAGGAGGACAUAGUCCGAGAACGUGAGAAAAAACUUGCCCAGAAAAAGGAGGAAAAAGACCGUGAGAAACUCAAAGCUUUGGAAGCCAAGCAAGCAGAAAAGGACCGGCAAAGGAAACAAAUUCAAGCACUCUCCUUCAACCCUGAGGAGGACGAAGAAGAAGAAGCGGAUGAAGAACAAGAGAAACCUCUGGAUAUCAAGCCUCGAAAGUGGCAAACCGAGGAAGACGGUGAACCACGAAUUAAGAAAAUUAAGAAAAACCCUGAUGUAGAUACUUCAUUUUUGCCGGAUAGAGAACGUGAGGAAACGGAUAACAAAUUAAGGGAGGAACUCCGCCAGGAAUGGGCCAUGAAACAAGCAACACUUAAAGAUCAGGAGAUUUCCAUCACCUUCAGCUAUUGGGAUGGAUCCGGACAUAGAAAAUGUGUCACAAUGAAGAAGGGUAAUUCAAUUUACCAAUUUUUACAGAAAUGUCUUGAAAUGCUACGUAAAGAGUUCAGUGAACUGAAGACGGUGAUGGCAGAUCAGCUGAUGUACGUAAAGGAAGAUUUGAUCCUUCCUCAUCAUUACACCUUCUACGAUUUCAUCGUCACGAAAGCCCGUGGUAAAAGUGGUCCUUUGUUCAAUUUUGAUGUUAAAGACGACAUUCGUAUGAUAAGCGAUGCCACCGUAGAGAAGGAAGAAUCUCACGCCGGUAAAGUAUUACUGCGAUCGUGGUACGAGAGAAAUAAGCACAUUUUUCCCGCAUCCCGAUGGGAACCGUACGAUCCAACAAAAGUGUACGAUAAAUAUACUAUUAAAGACAAGUGUAAGAAAUAAUUC